UGUGUGGAGUUGUACAUGGAAAUGUCUAUACGCAAUACUUAUGUUUUUGCCAUAUAAAGUGUAAAAAAUAACAAUAAAGAUGAUUUUAAUAAUUUUAUUUUUCACGUUUUGUCGGGUAUCGGGAGUGAUUUAUCAAUUAAACGAAACGGAAUAUGUUAAAAUGCCGCCAAUCUUCCACCUUGACCCUUACGAGUCAUGUAUUCAACAAACAGGAGGAAUCUAUUGUAUCGUGGAAAUUGAUUUAGUUGCAGACAAAGAAAGCCAACUCCUAGAUAUGAUACACGAAUACAGUGACUGGAAAGAAGUACAUUUCAAUCAUUCAUUGCUACAUUAUGGUAUAUGUUUGAUGAAAUCGUGCGAUAUACAACCGAGGACGACUAAUUCAAAAGAUUUAAAUGUGGUUGUUGAAAAAUGUUUAAAUACGUCAUUUUGGAAGGAAUACAAAUUGAAAGUUAAAUUAAACGAAGAUGUUAUAUGUCAUAGUAAAGAGCCAAUAUAUCAUAUAGAGACUGGAGAUAUAGUAAUUGCUGUGGUAUGUUUUUGUAUGUUCAUGAUCAACUUGGCUGGAAGUGUUUACGAUAUACUGAUCGUAAAAAAUAACGCAGGCAUGCAGUGGUUAUUAUGCUUCUCAGUAAAACGUAACUGGUACAAAUUAACAGAAGGAUCAAGAGAGAAUAGUGAUAAUCAAUUUCAAAGUUUUAACGGCAUGAAAGUUAUAACUAUAUUUCUGGUUAUAUCGAUACACUCCUUAUUACCAUUUGGAUCUUUCAUAGACAACACGCAUUAUUAUGAAAAAAUGUUUAGUAAAAUUCAAUAUCAUUUGCUAGUCGAUGGUACUGUGGUAAUACAGACCUUCUUCAUGAUCUCUGCAUGUUUGUUAUCUUAUAAUCAAAUGUCUUCGCAGAAAGACAAUGUAACAUGGAAAAUGAUACCUAAAAAAAUUUUGUUAAGGUGGUUACGACUAACUCCGCCAUACGUAGUAGUCCUGGCAAUUUCAACGACGUGGCUAAGAUUUGCUGGCUCGGGCCCGCUGUGGCAAAAAAUGAUAGGACAAGAAAUGCAUGACUGUCGGAGGGACGGUUGGCAGAACAUGCUGUAUAUAAACAAUUAUUUUGACAACACUCGCUGUAUGGGUCACACUUGGUAUCUAGCUGCAGAUAUGCAGUUGUUUACAUUAGGAACAUUCAUAAUGGUGUUGACGAAAGAUCUGCAGAGAAAAGUUGUAAUGUCAUUUAUUUUCAUCGUAUCCUUAUUCAUGGCUCCUUUACACACGUACUUUCAAAAUCUGUACGCUCACGUUAUUAUUACACCUGAAGUUGCUCGGGAGUAUUUCGUGAAAGAUCCAACAUUCAACAACUCGUACAAGCGCGGCCAUACAAAUAUGACGUGCUACAUUUUAGGGCUCAGCCUCGGCCUUCUGAUUUACAAAUUGCAGCAAAAGCAGUUUGCCAUUGAAAGAUAUAAGAAAUACAAGUAUUUGGUUUGGGCAACUCUCCCCAUGAUAGUCAUAAUUAUAUACUGCAGUAGCUUGUUCUACUUGGUCGGUGUAACACCACAUGUGAUAAUCAGAGCUGUUUAUUCCGGCACAUAUAGAUCUAUCUAUGGAUUGAUAUUAUCUGCUUUAAUGUUUGGAAUGGUGUUUAAAAUUGAAAAUAUCUAUCGACCGAUAUUAGAAUGGCGCGGCUGGACGUCGCUGGUCCGCGUGUCGUACUCCGCGUACAUUCUGCAUCUCACCUUGAUACAGAUCCCCACGUACUCCAGAACUACAUUGAACCACAUCACAAUACCUCAAGUUAUGUCGACAUGUGUGGGCUCAAUAGCGAUUAGUUUCUUAGCAGCAGUCCCUCUUUGGUUAUUCAUCGAAGCACCAGUUAACCAAAUCGUGAAGUUGUUAACAUCCAGCGAUUUGAAAGACAAAAGUCAGUUGCGGUGAAGAUGUACAGAUUAAGUCUAAUUCAGUGACAGGAAUGAAAAGGGACUUACUAGUAUUUUUGUAUUUUUUGUAUAUUAUGUACUAUACUUUAUACUAAUAUAAAUGAGAAAGUUUAGAUGGA